AUGGUCCAAGGCCAGUUCAGGAGUAAGGGUUUAGGGGGAGGUUGCAGCAAAAUAGCUGGCCUUAGGCAGCAAGCAGGGAGAAAAUUGAAUUUUAGUCGUAACAACAAAGAAAUUGGGAAGAUCGACCAAGAUAUAUAUAAAUACAACACACCAGGAUUCACUGGUUGCCUAUCAAGAGUACAGUUCAACCAGAUUGCUCCCCUCAAAGCAGCUUUGAGAUCUACCAAUACCUCCUCUCACGUCCACAUUCAAGGAGAACUGGUGGAAUCCAACUGUGGAGCAUCGCCACUGACAAUCCCACCAAUGUCUGCUGCAACUGACCCAUGGCACUUAGAUUCAGCCAGUGCUGAUUUCCCAUACAACGGUCAAGCUAUAGGAGAUGGAGUUAACAGAAACUCUGCUAUUAUUGGAGGUGUCAUCGCUGUGGUGAUCUUCACCAUCCUCUGCACUUUGGUGUUCCUGAUCCGCUACAUGUUUCGCCACAAGGGAACCUACCACACCAAUGAGGCCAAAGGAGCAGAGUCAGCUGAAAGCGCCGAUGCUGCCAUCAUGAACAAUGACCCCAACUUUACAGAGACCAUUGACGAGAGCAAGAAGGAAUGGCUUAUCUAAGCCCAUAGAGAGGGAGCUUGGGAUGGGAUACAAGCUGGGCCAGGUUGGGACUGGAAUGACUCUUGCAGUGGGGAGAGAACAUUCUGCAUUGGAAACUUGAGCACACAUAUGGUAAAAAGAUCAGCACAACUAGAGGAGCAAGUGACAGGAAAAAUCACUGAGACUGGAGGAGAAAAAUAUCACAAGCAUUUAAGAAAAAUACUUUUAAACAUUUACUUACAGUGAAUUGCCCUUCUGUAUUCAAACAAUUGUAACAAAGAACUGUUUCACAGCUUCAGCAUUGGUUAAAAUUUCCAGUAAUAACUAUCUUUUUGUGUGUGUGUUUAGAGGUAUUCUAAAGAACAAGAAAUGGGGCCUUUUUUUUUUUUUUUUUCCCCUACUUUUUUAAAAAAGCUGUUUAAAAUGGAGGUGGUUCUGUCCUGAGAACAAGUGACAGAACUUUGUUCUGAUGUUGUGUUUCUUCUUAUCUGGCCACUUCCCCACAGGCUGCUAUCAGCCCUGCACCUUCACUGUAUUAUGCUUCAUUUUGGUGGUGUUUGAACAGGUGUUCAGAGCUGGGGGCAGAACUGAGGGGUGAGGAAGGAUACUUAAUGCAACUAAACCUUGCCAGUUUUUCAAAAUAUCAUCGGCUCUUGUCAAUCCUGGCAGAAUUCAUCUUUUUUUGACACACAUACUUCAUUGAUUCUGUACAGUUCUCAUCAGCAAUGUAAAAAUAUUAUUAUGACUUCUACUACUACUACUACUACUACUUCUACCAGAGAGCACAGCAAUCUUAUUUUUUAUUAUUUUUGUGAACUCUGAGGGCAGAUGGUGCUGUGCAAGUCUGUAGACCUGUUCUUGUGUCUUUGGCUAGGGCACUGGUGACCCAAGGUACAUGCCAGACUAAAUUCAGCUCUGCCUGUGAUGUGCUGGUGUGUAUAUCCUGGACUUAGGCAUAAGCAUUGUAGUAGGAAAUUAUAGCCAAACUUCAUUUGCUUCUGUUUCUUUUUUAUAGACUGUCACAGAAAUAUUAACUAGUACAGUUCUAGUCAAUGUAUUUAAACUCAUGGACUUCACAUGAUACUUUUUACAGCUUUGGCAUAACAAUUCAUACUUUAAAUCCUCUUUUUUUUUUUUUUUUUUUUUUUUAAUUGCCUUCUGAUGAAAGUCUUUGUUGACAGCAUUUGCACAGGCAGAAAAAUGAAGCAACAAAGAUGUGAAAGCUCUGCCUCAAGAGCACGUGAAAAACACACGGUGCUAGAAAAGACAUAUUUUUCAGUAUGCAGAUUCACCUGAACUAUUACUUAUCUAAAGCAUUUUUAAGAAUGUCACGGUGAGUGCCAAGUGCAUCAUUUUACCCCAUGUCCCCUCUUAGACCAGGGAAGUUGCAGAUCCCACCUGAGAAGCAGGACGGUAGUAGUAGAAAGGCAAGGGGGCUGCCUGAAGACCUUGUAUCUUUUGAUAGCAACAAAAAAGCCGUAGCUUGCCCUGUGCAGGUAUGCAUGGUACUCCAGGUCUGAUUGCACAGAAAUUUAGGGCCUUAGUCGGCAGGUUUUGCUGGAACAAGAGAAUGAAUGUAUUGCAAAACAUUUCCUGAGUGCUAAAAGAACAGAUGCAACACCAAGAAUUUCCUUUUAUGCUUGUGACAGUCUCAGAUUUGCUUUAUCUUUUAAUAUUGAUGGGUUUAGUAUGCGAAGAUUUAAUCCAUUUUUCUUUGUAAGAAGGAUUUAUUUUUCAAAUCCAAAUCUGAAAUCUACUACACUGAUCAGUGCUGGCAUCACUAAUUUCCUUAUCUUUUUGAUUGUAUUUUUAUUAUAAUAGGUAAUGAUUUAAAAUUUAAUUUUAAAAAAUCACAGAGAGGGAGGAAAAUAUUUGAGUCUUACCUGACGAGAAGUUUGUAAGCACAAUUUGAGAGCUAGACAGGGAUAGAUAGUUUGAUUUAAGGAUGGUAGAAUAAAGUCAUCUGGCGGAUUCAUUGGACAUGUAUCAGACCAAAUCAAAUCCAUUGAUUUCUUCCUGUUCAUGGAUUUGGAAUUAGCAUACAAAACGGUUCGAGUGAGAUUUACUGUUUCUCAGGUAAUUUUAUGUGACAGAGGUAUUCAGGUAAACAUGAAAGCUACCUCUGUCAUCCAUGUGCUCUACAGUCUUUUGCCUUGCCUCCAGUAUCAGCAUCUCCCUCUCUUGUGCUUAAUUAAAUAGAUGAGUCCCUGAUCAUGUUUACUUGUGGGCAUAAGAUUAAACUCUAAUCCUUUGGAGAAUAUCAGCCUGGGAUGACUCCAGCCUGCACCACUGACUAUUCAGCAAAAUACUUUGGUUGUUCCAUGUUGCAAUUUCAGAUGACUUUCUGUAAUUGGUGUUCACUUUUCUAUAUGAUAUUCUAUAUUUGAUUUUAAUUGUACUUUAGUCCACCCUGAAAAACAUCCUUUCCUACAACUUCAAGUUAUCAAGAGCAGUGAAUACAGCAUCAUUUGCAUAGACUGGAAUUCAGUUUGCAGAAAAAAUUACUAAUCUGAACUUAAUGUCUGUGACGGGGAUCGGGCUCAUGUAUACUGAGAAGCUGGAAUCCUCUGAUGCUAGAGGACAAAGUAGCCAAAUGCCUUAGCAUGGUACUAGAAGGGAAAGAUGGCUUGGUCUGUGUGCCUAUCCGAGUCCUUGGCCAAGCUAGAAACACUUGUUGAAUUAUGGUAAUGGGGUCUGUGGCAUCUAUUCACUGACUUUCCAAAAGAUUUCCAGUUUAGCUCUCACAAUCCUGCAAGCAAGAAUUUCUGGAAAACAACCUUUGACUAUUGCACAUGCAAUACUUGUAAAUGCAUGUCUUAAAUUUCAAAAGACAGGAUUUACAUUUCGUAAAUUAAGUUGAAUGCAUCUUCAUCUCUCCACUGGACACCAUGUUUCUUGUAAGUGAAGUUCACUAAUGCUGUAUCAAAAUGGUGAUGGUCUAUUUUCCAGAUACAAUUGCCUUCAUAACUUUAGAAACUUUCUGAAUUAAUCCUGCCUCUUAUAGUGGAUCUUAGUCAUGAUAUUUUAGACUAUCAUAUGUUCUCUGUGUAAAUUGUGUUCAUAACAUGUAGUCAUGUCUUUCAUGACUAGGUGAAUUCCUUUUUCUGUCUCGCAUUUAAUUUCUGAAAAUGUAAUAAGCUUAAUAUAGGCACUGGCCUACUUUCUGAGCAGGCUCAGAAAUGUAGCUUGGAUAUUUUUGCUAACACCAUACUAUUUUGAGAAUCUCUUCCCCUAUGGGCCUAUUAUUGGAAGUUGCAACAACACCCAUAGUUUAGUUUACCCAUUUUUAUUUGUGCCAGUGUUGUUUGACAGGUGCUAUCCAAAUGCUUGUAAUGGGAAAAUCUGUUGGAGAGUAGAAUGGAGCCUGCUUUUAUAAGAACCUGUGCUUUUCCCCCAGAGGACACUAAACUAAGCAGUCUUGUAUCACCUGCUUUUAGCUGCUUCAUCUAUUCAAACUGCAUAGGAAAAUGUUACUUCUUGCACUGAUUGAGCCACCAAAGUAUCCCAGCUGUGUUUCUGAAAGGCUUGUGCUGAUUCCCUUGAGAUCAAUGGCAAAACUGCCAACAGCUCUGGGGAGUGCAAGACUGGGCUGAAGACCAGAAUCCUCUGUGUUAGCAGCUUUUGAGUACUCAUUCACAACACACACAGACCGCAGGGAAAUGAGCUGUGGAGCUCCAAAGAGCCAAAAUGGUAAAAAACAAAUCAACUCAGUUUUGAGGGGAAAUCCAGAGUCUUAUCUGUUGGUUUCGAAACAAGUCUUUCACAUAUUGCUUAUUCCAUGUUUACUAAUUGGAGAUUCCAGUGUGUUACAUAAGAAUAUGCAUCUUUAAUUGGUACUGGAACAAUUCUACAUUGUAUUUUUCUUGUCUUAAACCUUACCUUUACCUUUUAUAUUUCCUGUAGCGAUUAAGACUUCAAACAUGAUAGUAUUUUAGUAUCGUGCUCUAGCUAGCAUGAUGUAUGUCAAAGGAUGGUUACCAUAAAUAUUUUACUAAGAUUGCCAGAGUGGUGGUGUAUAUGUACAAGUUUAUUGUAGUGAUAAGAAUUUGUUUAAAAUAGUCUAGUAAAUAAUUAUGUUUUAAUUCAAACUAUGUCCUUUAAUGGCAGAUGCAUCUAAUUUCCAGGGUAUCUGUUGAAAUGGGAAGCUAUCUCAUUUUGAUAAGCAAUAGCUUUUAACAUGGUUUCUCCCUUGAGCCAUGUCACCUAGCAAACAUGGUAACUCUGAAAGGUUUUCGACUUUGAACAGCAGAACCUGUAUUUUGUUGAUCAGAUUCUAUUGCCAAUCCUAGAGAAAUUAAACAAAUCUAAAAGCCACAGCAUGUAAAUUAGAAUGAAAGAACAACAUGUAUGUACGCCUCAUAUCUUAAUAUCUUCUGUGAAUG